AUGGAAAAGACAGUCCUCAACCUGGCUUUCUACAAGUUCUGUGAUCUGGCCCCGGUCCACUCGUUGAAAAUCGAGCUCGAGAAGCUGUGCGAAACACACGGCAUCAUGGGCUCGCUCAUCCUCGGCUACGAGGGAAUCAACGGGAUGCUCGCCGGCGAGAAAGACAACGCCGAGGCGUUCCUCGCCGACAUGAGGGCGCUGCGCCCGGCGUUUGCCGAGAUGCCGAUCAAGCGCAGUUGGUCCGAGAACGUGCCCUUCCAACGCAUGAUCAUCAAGGUCAAGCCAGAGAUCGUGACGAUGCGCGUCGAUGAUGUCGACGCCGUCGCCAAGACCGGCAACCACCUCCCGCCCGAGCAGUUUCGCGACUGGCUGCGCGCUGGCGAGGAUAUGGUCCUGAUCGAUGUGCGCAAUCACUUCGAGUACAAGCUCGGCACCUUCAAGGGCGCGCUCGAUCCCGAGACCACUGCCUUUCACGAGUUCCCCGACGUCGUGCGCACGCAUGAUACGGACUGGAAGGACAAGAAGGUCGUGAUGUUCUGCACUGGUGGCAUUCGGUGCGAGAAAGCCACGAGCUGGAUGCUCGAUGAAGGCUUCGAGGACAUCUACCAACUCGAAGGUGGUGUGCUCGCCUACUUCGAGAAGGUCCCCGACGCCGAGAAAGACUGGGACGGCGAACUUUUCGUCUUCGACGAGCGCGUCGCCCUCAACACCAGACUCGAAGAGACCGAUACAACUCUGGAGGACAUCGAGUCCUCGUAA